AUGUGGGUGUUUAACGCCACGGAUGAGGUCGAAGCAGUGUCUCAGUACAAGUUGAUUCUCGCUGUAUGUCUGACUUUUACCUCUUUGAUGGUUAUCGUGGUUUCUUUACGUCUGUUUCUACGCGCAAAGGCGAAUCGACUUCUUGCGGCGGAUUAUGUGAUUUUCGUUUCUAUGAUUUUCAGUAUCAUCUACAGUGCUUUGUGUAUCGCUCAAAGCAGGUAUGGCCUUGGACUUCCACUUGCGCUGCGCCCAAAGGCCGAUUUGGCAACAUAUACCAAAGUCAACUAUGCCGGACGUCCAUUUUACCAGUUAGGCAUCGCCGGAUUCAAGGCCAGUCUGUGCUUAUCCUACUUGAGCUUGCUCGUUGGCACAUCGAAGCACAUCUAUCGCUCAUUGAUCUGGGUUGUUAUUUUCCUCUCGACUGGAGGUCAUAUUGCGGGAACUCUGGUCUUGUUGCUCAGCUGCACGCCUGUUAAACGAGCCUGGGAUAUCACAGCUCAUGGAACCUGCUUUCCCAUUGGACCUACCUUCUACGGGCUUGCAAUCUACACCAUAUUCUGCGAUCUGAUGAUCAUCUUCCUGCCGAUUCCACUGCUGAUCAAGUUGAACAUCAAACGCGCACAAAAGAUUGGAGUCCUUUGCCUGUUCCUAUUAGGUCUUUUUACAACAAUCUGCUCUAUUCUCCGUCUAACCCAGAUACAUCGAGUUGCAUUUGGUGAUGGCAAUUCGACUGCUCUGAUCCUUUGGGGGACAGUUGAAUUCAAUAUUGGGAACAUAAUGGCCUCGGUACCAUACCUCACCCCAUUGCUCAAGGGCGUCGUGCGAGAUUUCCGCAGUCGGAGGGAGUAUGAUAGCCAGGGAAAUCCGAUGGAGAGCUGGGUACAAUCGGUUUCAUCACCUACAAAGCGAGGCUUCCCCCAGUCACCGACGAAGCGAGGCAUUCCCCAGUCACCUACAAAGCGAGGCUUCCCUCAGUCUCCGACGAACCGAGCUUUUCCCCCGUCACCUGCAAAGCAAGGAUUCGUCGAUCUAGAGUCGGAGGAAGUGAUUGAAAGGGUGAUCAGUUUCCAGGUUAGUCGGGAUUAA